AUGGAGGAUCCACCAGAUGCCUCUUCGCCAGAAAACGCUUCGAUACUUUGUCCAGACUUCCAUUGGGGCUUUGCAACAGCUGCUGCCCAGGUCGAAGGGGCAUGGGACGCCGAUGGUAAAGGCGAGUCCAUCUGGGACAAGUUCUCACGCAUCCAGGGCAAUAUUAUUGAUGGAAGCACCAAUGCCGAUGCGACUCGUGCUUAUGAUUUCUAUAGAGGAGAUGUUCAUCUACUCAAAAGGUUGGGCGUCAGUUCCCAUCGCUUCAGUCUUGCUUGGAGCCGUAUCAUUCCUCUGGGUGGUAAAGACGACCCUGUGAACGAGGCUGGCCUCGGAUACUACAGCAAUCUUAUCGACGAACUCUUGCACAAUGGCAUCACUCCUUUCGUUACUCUGUUCCAUUGGGAUACGCCUCAGGCACUCGAAGAUCGCUAUGGUGGUAUGCUCGAUCAAGAUCGUUACACGCAAGACUUUGAGCGCUACGCCCGAGUAUGCUUCGCUGCCUUGGGCGAUCGCGUCAAGCACUGGAUUACCUACAAUGAGCCAGGAGUCUAUACGCUUGCUGGUUAUGCUGCAGGCGUUCAUGCUCCUGGCCGCUCAUCUCUGCCCGGUCGCAACGAUCCGGGAGACAGCAGUACUGAGCCUUUCAUCGUUGCUCACACCGAGCUUGUCAGUCAUGCUCAUACAGUCAAGAUCUAUCGCGAAGAGUUCAAAGUCACUCAGAAAGGUGUUAUUGGUAUCACUCUGCAUGGAAACUACAGCGCACCCUGGGAUAAGGAUGACCCCAAGGACGUCGUAGCCGCCGAGCGAGCUCUACAAUUCGAGAUCGGCUGGUUUGCCGAUCCUGUCUAUGGAUCUGGCGACUACCCAGCUUGUAUGCGAGAGCAACUUGGCGACCGACUCCCACACUUUACACCCGAGGAAAAGGCACUAGUGCGCGGUUCUUCCGACUUUUACGGCAUGAACAGUUACACCACAUUUUUUGUGCGCCACCGCGAAGAGCCAGCAGAUAUCAACGACCACAAAGGCAACAUCACCACGCACGAUACUAACAAAGCUGGUGUAUCCCGAGGUGCAGAAAGUGCAACCACAUGGUUACGAAGCAAUCCCGCCGGGUUUCUGGCUUUGCUGCAUUGGAUUUGGGAUCGCUAUCGUACACCCAUCUACAUCACUGAGAACGGCAUUACUGCAAAAGGCGAAGAUACUUGGGACCCUACUGAUGCUCAUUGGCUUGCAAUCCCGCUUGACGAUACGUUCCGUCAAGACUUUUUCGAGGGAUAUAUUGGUGCUGUGGCUGAGGCGGUUCGCAAUGGUGUAGAUAUCAGAAGCUACUUUGCAUGGACGUUCACAGAUAACUGGGAGUGGGCUGCUGGGUUCACGAAUCGCUUCGGCAGUCAUUGGAUUGAUUUCAAUAGUCGUGAGAAGACGAGGUAUUCCAAGAAAUCUGCCACUGAACUGGGAAGAAUUUUUGAGCAUUUGAUUGGAAAGAAGAACGGCGAUGGGGCUGGGUCACCGAAGUCGCCUGUCUACUCGCCUGCUUCGCCUAUCUCGCUUGCAGAGAGUCUGCCUUCUGAUGCUUACAACUCUCCGAGGUCUCCGAGAUACAGCCCAAGCUCUCCGCCAUAUAUCCCCGACGCCUGA